GAAGAUGAGAUCCAUAACUGCCUCUUCAGGUCACGAGGAAAACCGCGUGCGGUGUGUGCGGAGAACCCAGUUCUCAUGUGAAGAAAAGUCUUUUAAGAGUGAACAAGCCGACUCAGCACUCACUGAUGUACCGCAGUACAGAGAGAGAGGAUGGGGCUGUGGAAACAUGCUGGGCAUCCUCAUCCUCCUCCUCCUCCUCCUCCCCCCCAUGAGUUCAGCUACAGCAGCGACGCAGUGCAGGAGCGCAGCGCGCGCACAUCCACCGCACUAACCUACUAACCAACGCUACAACACUGAAGAAUUCCGUCACAACACACACAAUUACCCUGCGCUGCAUUAUUUAUGUGAAGUUUCUCUGAUUAAUGUCUAAAUUUUUAACGUUUCAGAGAGCAAACCGGUCCUCAUAAAUCCGUUACUGGAGUUUUCUCAAGGAGAAUCUGAACAUGUACACACGCGCUCGUGCGUCCGAGCACGCGACCGCUCUCACGGUCCAGCGCGUGCUGCGAUAAUGCGCCACUCUGACUGAAGACGCGCGCCAGAAGCAAUCUCAGCCGCUUCAUAAUAAUUUGAACGUCUAUACUACAUCUGCGCUAUUUUGAUUUUAAUUGUGUCUUCAUUGGUUUUUCUCCCUUCAGUGAGGCACUCUGAAAAAGCUGCUCGAGAAUGUCUGCUGCAGAUGAUGCCAACCCAGCAGGUGCUCCUGGAGGAGCCGGUCCUCCUGCUGCCCCUCCAAACACCACCAGCAACCGCCGACUGCAGCAGACACAAGCACAAGUGGACGAGGUGGUGGAUAUCAUGCGUGUGAAUGUGGAUAAGGUUCUGGAGAGAGACCAGAAGCUCUCCGAGCUGGACGACAGGGCAGAUGCUCUACAGGCCGGAGCGUCACAGUUCGAAAGCUGUGCUGCCAAACUGAAGAACAAAUACUGGUGGAAGAAUUGCAAGAUGAUGAUUAUUAUGGGUGUCAUUGGAGUCAUCUUCAUCGGAAUCAUUUUCUUGUAUUUCUUCACCUGAGCCGAUCCACCUGCAACGAACAAGAAUGAGUGAAUGAAGAAAACACAAUCAUGAGCUCUGUCCAUUUUCCACAUCCUUCUCGCUUUAAUCUCGAGGUCUCUCCGUUUUGAACCUUUAUGUAACAGUAAUACACAGAAAUCUGCUCUCCUUUAUCCUCUAGCAGAAUUAGCACAUUUCAGUCUCUCUCUCUCUCUCUCUCUCUCGUUCCCUCCAUUACAGAAUCUCCUGCAUUAUUUAAAUGUUUUGCAGACAUUCAUACAUGAAUGCACAGAGAGAGCAGAAGAAAAAUAGACUGGGAGAGACGAGUGAGAAGAUAAGGAGAGAGAGAGAGAAUGCUCAUGGAAGGAGGCGUACAAUACUGUUUCAAAGUUUGAGAAAGAAAAUAAUACUUUUAUUCAUCAAGGAUGCAUUAAUUUGGUCAAUAGUGACAGUGUCAGACAUUCAAAAUGUUAAGAAGAAAAAAAUCUAAUUUCUAAGCAUGGUUUCCACAAAACCAUUAAGAAAGACAUUGAUCAAUAAUCAGAAAUGUUUCUUGAGAAUCGGAUCAGCAUAUUACAAUGAUUUCUGAAGGAUCAUGUCUCACUGAAG